AUGAAAAUCAUCGGUGUGACUGUCAUCCACGGUACUGAUCCAUAUACACGAAGACUUCGCGCAGUUGAAACCUCUCUUACCCAGAUCCAAGCCUCUCUUUUCUCCACCACUGAUGUCAAACACAGCCGGCCUGAGGUCGCACAAUCAGUCGCAGAACGAACCGCUCGCGAUGCGCCAAUGAGCCUUAUACAAGAGAUCCGGGAGAAUAUAACACUUCACCGACAGCCACUGCAAAUUCAGGAUAUUUCAGAAGAUAUUAUUCAUAAUGGGAUUAUCUCAGAGGAGACUGCUCUUAUACUUCUCAAAGGGUACGAUCCAUUACGCAAGAAACUGCUGGCUAUUUGA